ACUUAAACAUUCAAAUCAGCCGGCUUUGCAAAAAAUGUAAUUUAAAAUUUGAACACUUUUCAUUGAGUAAUUGUGUUUUUUCAAAGAAACAAAAAUGGCAAAAAAUCACCUCUACCUGGAAGCCGUUCUGGACGGCGAUCUUCCAAAUGUUCAGUACUACCUGGACCAAAAACCGGAAGUGGAUAUCAACUAUCAGACUCAACGGCUGCGUGGUGCCCUUCAUUGCGCCCUGGACGCCCGACGAAAUGCUGCCCACCACAUGGUUGCGCUUCUUAUCGAACGGGGAAUCGAUUGCGACCUGAGGGACGAUCAAAUGUUGACGGCCUCUGAGCUUGGGUUGGUGAAGAAGCAAACGGGAUUGGUAGAACUGAUGAUUCAGGAGGAGUUUAAAGGGGUUUCGAAGGAGGACGCUUUCUAUCGUUUGAUACGAAGAGGCUGCAUGGAACUGAUUUGUAUUUACAUCGAACAACAGGGAAUAGCUCUGCCGGAGGCCAUCAAGUGGAUUGAAGAGGCUUACGAAGCUUUGAGGGACAAAAAUGUCCCAUUGGGAUUUCAGAUUCGGUUUGAGAUCUACCAACAGUUGCUGCAGUAUCACAACACAAAUCCAACGGUUUGCGAUAUGGAACAAUUGGGAAUGACACACGAACAGUUGGUAAAAUAUAUCGAUAUCGCAUUGGAGUAUUCAGAUGAGGACAAUUUGAAUGAAAUGAACUUGGAGACACGGAUGGCGUUGAGAGUUUUGGUGCAACAACUGUAUCUGAUGGAAUUGAGACUGAGACAUGAAAAAAUGAUUCCGUUGAGUCAAUUGGUGAAGAAAGUUCAUUACUGUCUCUGCGUUUUGGUUAAAUGUUUCGAGGAAACAGAUGCAGUUGCGGUUGAAAAAUUGAUUAUAAAUAAAUCAAUUAUUUUACAAUAUUUGGGACUAAUACAACGCAUUAAUAAUUUGUCUGAAAAUGAUAAAAAGCUCGAAUCAAGUCUGAAUUCGACUUACAUAAGCCUACAGGAAACUGCCUCCCUUCAGAAAGCAACUGAGCACCUAAAAGAAGCUCUCUCUAUAGAUUUUAACAAACCAGAAGAAAACGACCUUAAACAGCUAGCCUUUCAGAGGUGUCUUCAGGUGAUCGGGGAAUCACUCAAAUCAACCGACGAAUCACCAAACCUAUCCAGAGAGCUGCGUCAAGCUUGGGAGCAGCUGGUCUCCUCGAAAACGGCUUCCUGUUACAGCAGUAUUCGACAGUUCUUCACCGGUGGCUAUCCUCUGGCUAGGUACCUCCUGGAAAAAGACGACAAAAGUAACAAAAUGUACAAAGCGAUUCAGGAAAAUCUUCAGCCGAUGCUUUUAUUUGUCGAAUAUCUCUUCUCAUCGCAGUUGAUACUUAUUGAAAGACGAUUCUUCUCAACGUUGUUGGAAAUGAACAAUUUGAAACAAAUCAAUUCCUAUGCCGCUUUUGUGGGUUCAGAAGUGGUUGCUGUUUAUAAGGCACACUCGUUCGGAAAUGAGUUCUAUGAUAAGGACAAAAUUUUUGAGUAUUGUCAACAGAUCAAACAACUGAGAGCUGAUGACAGCGAUUCUUUCCGUUUAGUUCAAGAACUGGAAAAUGAACUCAGCUCUGUAACCAACAUGAUUCGAACGGAAAAUUCAAACAAUCGACGGAUAAGCAAAGAUUUGGGCCUUAUCCUAAGGAUAGCUCGCGAAAACAGAAACCAAGCGAACAUCAGAGCUGUUUUAAACUUCGUUCUAACGAGGCCGUAUCAGCGAUCAUUUCUGGAAUUCAUCUCUUCGAAUGGACAAACGUGGCGUCACAGAAUUUGUGAAACCCUAAGCAGCGUAGUCGGAGUCAAUCUAACUAAUCCUGCCCUCAGCGAAAUUGUUCGACUAGCUUCCCAACUCGAGUGGCUUGUGAACUACCAAUUUGCUUACGGCGUUCAUAAACUUCAGCUGAAGCGAUUUAACGCCUUGGACUCUCUAUCCGAGCAGUACGCCGAACAGUUUCUUCGAGAUACUGGGGCUUGGAAUCCCGAAUCGUCGUCCGGUUUGAGUAAAAAGUUGAAACGACAGUACGAGAGCAACAUUUUCAACCUGAACGACAGGUUUGAGCUAGUAAAUUCGACGGCGCAAGUCAAAGAUAGUCGAGUUCGUGCUAAACUUGAAGAAGAAUUUCAAACGGCGUUCGAUCGCAAAAUAACAACUCUCAGGACGCUGAUCCAAAGAGACAUGCACCUGGGACUGAACGAUGAACAGCAGUUUCGAAUGUUUUCCAGCCGAACCGUGCAAUGCGCCGUGGACCAGCUGCUGCUACAGAUCACAGAAAUUUUGAUCGGCGUAGGGUAUUUCGAGCGAAACGUCCACAUGUUGGGCUAUCGUGUACCGAUUAUUAGUGGGAAAAACUUGCGCGAUUGUUUGGCUCAUGAUUCGUUCAAGUUUGCUGCCAUUUGCGAAAAUGACUCAUUCCUGCUGUGCAAUGCUUUGUUCUAUAUAAAUGGUGGAAUCCAGCUGUACGACAAGACAAAUUGGCCAAACCUUUCCAACGGAUACCAUCCAACGUUUUACUUAAAAAAGAAGAUGGAACACAUUAAAUCUCAAAAUGAUAUGUAUGAAAAUAUCGCAUCUAUGAAAGUACCCAUGCACCAGCAACCGAAACUUAUCGGAGCAGACAUUCUCGGACUUCGAUCCGAAACAUCCAGCAAAUUUAAACGCAUUCAAACGAACGCCCUAACUCACGCGUUAACGCAAAACUUCGACACAUUCCUGGCACAUGUUGAAGCGAAAGAACACUCCGAAUCGAUUCAGUACCUCAUCUACAGCCAGAACAAUCCGAUUGUGCUACGGAAACGUCCCGUCAACUACACGCUUCCGGAGAAGGUUAAAAUGCUGUUGAAAGUGGCACUUUCAGCGAACGAUUUCGAAGCGUAUCAGGGAAUUUGUAAAAGGUAUCACGUAGCACAACCGUUCCAUGUCGUUUACCAGGAAAAUCCAUAUGUUCUGGAUUAUCUGGAAGUGUUGGACAUUCCAAUAACUGAGGCUGUGAUAUUAGACGUGAUUAUGUCCGGGAAUCUGGCGGUUUUCAAGAAGGUCAUGGAAAAGUCGUGCGUAGAGAUUAUUGAUGGACAAUCGUUAACAAGUGUCGCUUUAAGUGUUGCUCAAACGGAUAUCGCCACGUGGUUGAUCGAUUCCAAUGGGACUUCUAUCGAUUUCGAAAGUAUUUCAACAGCUGUGAUUUACCAUUUCAAUAUAAUUUUUGAGAAGUUGCUGAAAAAGUUUAAGGGAAGCCUUGAUUGGACUGGCUUGCUGAAGUUGGCUAUCAAAGCAGAUAACUUCGAAGCAAUUUCGUUGAUGGAAAUUCAUGGUUUGAAUCCGGAAUUGUACAAAGAUUCAUCUAUCAUAAAGUUAUCUGCGAAGUACGAUCGUUUGAAGAUAUUCAAACACAUUUUGAAAGAGCUUCAAAACGAAAAAUGUAUGUCUUUAUUAAACGAAGGCAACGACUCAGUAAUAAACAUUUUCGCUGCGCUUGGAAACUUUGAAGCAGUUUGCUGCUUGAUUGAUGUUCUCGGAAACUACUCAGAAGUUACCGAUUACACGUUCGAAAGAGCUAUGGAGGGAAACAGUCCUGAAAUCGUCGAGUUACUUUUAAAACAGCAAUCCAAACCGGAGAGCAAUCUUUUACAAACAAUCUUGAACUGGUGCAUUGUUAAUAACCAUUGUAAAUUGUUGAAGCACGUGCUUAAAACCUAUAAAGUGAAACUCGAAGAUCAGUUUCUACUAGCCUUGAGACUGGGAAAAAUGGAAUCUAUACAUAUUCUCUACGAAUACGAUUCAACUUGUGCCAAAACAGUGGACGCUAACGGGUGGAACGGCUAUCAUGUACUCGCCUAUACUUACAAUUCUUCGAGUUCAUGUCUCGAACACCUCCUCAAUAUCCUCGAGCAAGCAUCCGUGGAUGCCUCAGCUCAAACCAGCUCUCUCUACACUCCACUUCACGUAGCCGUCGUUGCCGGUGAUCGUAAUCUGGUGUCAAAAUUCAUUCAAUUAGCUCCCGGGACAAUCGACACCCCGGAUAUCAUAGGCAGUUCACCACUUGUAACAGCACUUCUUCAAGGUUUCGUGCGAAUCGCCGACCUACUCUACAAAACUGGGAGCGUUGACCAUACCAUAAUAGACACCUUUAGACAUCCCAUCUUCGAUCAACUACCGCUAACGUUCAUCCUUCACCACGAUCACGAGUUGCUGCAAUACGCCCUCGAAACCUUGGGAUCCAACACCGAGAUGAGCAAUUUCAACGGCCAAACACUGCUCCACAUUGCCAGUCAAGAAGGAGAUCUCGCAAAGGCCCAUCUUCUUCUUCAGAACCGUGCCAACAUCGACGCUCGAGAUCGCUUCGGCGAGACACCGUUGCAUUAUGCCGUUCGAAAUGGUCACCGUGAUUUGGUUGAGUAUUUUAUUACCCUUUCUAACUGCAACGUAGACUUGAGGAAUCUACAACAACAGACGCCGCUCGUUCUGGCUUACGUGGUUCCGAAUCGGUUGCAGUUCGUCGAGCUUCUUACGGAAGCCGGAGCAGAGAAAGAGGUUGUGCUGCAAUUUCUUUCCCGACAAUGCGCUUUAGCAAUGGAAGAACUAAGUCAACUAAAAUUGUAGUUUAUUAAAAAUAUCAUUUUUCAACUUUAUUAAAAAAUA